AUGCCGCUCGUCACGAGAACCAUCGAACCAAAAUAUUUAUCACGUAAAAGUUUGUUCGAUGAAAAUGGUAAAAGUUUAAUUAACGAUUACGAAUUGGAAGCCGUUACGAAUAACACGUUAACGAACGUAUUGAGACAGUUAGCAUCCCUUGUAUUGGUCGCGAACGACAUUUUCGAAGAUCUCGCUCGUCACCUUCAAAAUGUCUACGAAAGAAGUUGUAAACUUAAAAUUAAAAUAAACAACGUUGAAGAUAAUUUAUUGGAAUACGAUCCGAAAAAAAUAACAGUUCAAACAAAAGAAUGUUCUAGAACGUUUUAA